AUGGACCAGGACAAACUUACCGAUCGCUUGGCACCGCCUAAGGAGAAAGACAUCGAGCGCAGUAGGCUCCGGGACAUCAUGGACAAGAAGGUAGUGGUAUGGGACCACAUGAUGAACACUGAGGUGGAAGACGAGCGUAAGGCAGGACUCGAAGCGUUCAAGCGCCUCGGCGACGACGAAAUGGCGAUGGCAAAACGCAACUUGUCCAAAAGUAAGCUAAAGGAGUUGAUCGACCUAAAGAUACACUAUUUCGAUCAGCUUGCCAACGCUAGAGAGGAGGAAAACCGAAAGGAGGGGUUGCGGCGUUUCAGGAAGGUCGGCGAUGACGAGCUUCAUCUGGCCAAAAUGAUGGGCCCUUCGGAUAAGCUAGACGACAUUGUGAAAGCGCGUGAAGAGAAGGACAGAGUUAAGAGAAUGGAAAGCGCCAGAAAGCAGCAACUUCCCAAGGUAACUGUCAGUAUGACCGAUCCAUACAUGACUCCACAGAUGCUGGCUAGGCAACAAUUGAUGCAUAUAGCCGAGCUCGAGAAAAAAGCCACUGAGAACAUAGCCCAGACCGCUCACGGGAUACCCAUGCAACCUCAGCAGGAAACGACAGCGCAACAGCAGCAACAAAUGAUGGCGCAAGCCAUGAUGCCUCCGCCCAUGCCACCUAUGCCUCCUUCGAUACUUCCUCCUCCCGGAUUUUACCCACCAAAUUUCAGCCAGUUUCAGACCAUCAUGCCUGGUCCGGCCAUGUACGGCAAUAUGCUCCCACAGUUUUCUCAAUACGCAGAGCUUCAGCCACAAACCCCCAACACAGCUGUCGCGUUAGACAUGGAAAACAAGCUUCGCCUGCUUUCACAGCUCGAAGCGACUCGACAAGCAAUACAAUCGCAACCCGUAGGGCCCCGCACGAGUAUAGCCGAUGAAAUCAAGCAAAACCUACGGAGGUUAAACAACCUCAAGAUGAAACUGAUCGACGAGAUUCUCGGCGGGAAGCCUGCGGAAGCUCAAUUUGACAUCAUGAACUUUCCUCCGAAACAAAUGACAGCAAAAUCCAGGAAAGAUCGCAAGAUCGUCGUUGAGCUCGUGGGGCCUGGCGGCCCGGACUACGAGCCCGUCACAGCCAGGUCUGAACCACCUGCUGGCAUGCGCUGGAACAAGCAGCCACAGCCGGAUGACAGAUAUUCGGUAACCGCCCAAUCAGACACGUAUAUUGACGCUGUGCCUCAACCUGUCUGCCCCACGCAUACCUGUCCCGCAUACCAGCAUUGUCUUGCUCACUCUGGUCGACAAACACCGUCAGAAACUUGCUUAGAUCAGCUACAAAUGGUGUUCAAGCGACCACCAUCUGACAAUUUAAAGCCGGAGGUAAUUUGGGAAAGACCAGAAGUAAAAAUGUACGUCGAGAAGUCCACGAUGAUCGACCAUGCCGACGCGCUAAAAUAUAUAAAUGCGGACCAGCCAGUUGUGAGGGAAGUCUACAAAAGGUCCCUCACUGAAAUAGGAACAUCACCACCCGGAUUCCAAAUGAUGCAACCGAACUACGUGACUCUCCUACCAAUGUCAAUUUUAGGCGAGCGACAAGCUUAUGGGGAAACCCGGAUGAGACCGCAACAUGACAUUGGAAUUAUAGCGAAUCCUUACGAAGAUGACCCUAGAUUCGCAUCUCGAGGCACUACGCUGCCGUCCAGGACCGGACCUGUCAUCUCAAAAACCACUGUCGUGGUCAACCAGCCACCGAAAGAACCCACUACCCAGCCCAAGCCAGCCCCACAAAUAAAAGUUGUAACGAUACCAGAAACGGUACAAAUGGCAGCUCCAGUUCGGACCUCAAGCGUGAGUGACGGAAAUAGGGCCAUCCAUGAAAGCAUCGAAAGACUAGCUCGUUCUGUAGACGACAUGUUUGACACCUUGACCUCCAGAACACGAUCUCAAAGCCGGACGAGGCGAAGACCGAGGACUUUCGACGACGAUGACGACGACGAGUACGAAGACUACGAGUCCAGGCAAACACCGCGGUAUGGACGGCGCCGGCGUAGUUCACGGAGGCGGUCUAGAGACGGCGGCGAUGGCUACGACGAAGACGACCUGGAUGGCUGGGACGACAUAUCAUACAAGGUUCGGAGUCCUAGAAGCGGCUACAGUCGACCGAGAAGUCGAAUGAGGACAUCCGACGAAGAUGACCUACCUUCGCUUUGGGAAUGGCUGUGUAGGAGCUUGUGCAACCUCACCGACGUCCCCCGUAGCCGUUCAGACGUAAGAGACACCCGGUUCAUGCAGAUGGGAUCAAGGAUCGGAACCUUGAUCGAAAGCGUCAUCAGGGUUUCUCGAGAAGUGAUCGAAGCCCGCCGGGCUAUCCAGCAGAGCGGGCUCAGAGGAGAAGAUUACGUGAAUGGCAUCUUCCAGGCCGAGAACAAGUUGUGGGAACUCAUCGAUCUUGAAGCCCAGCUGGCAAACGAGCUUGCCUACUAUCGGCAGUCGGACCUCGCCUCCGACAACCCAUACUUUCAAGGUCUGGUACAAGCGGAGAACAAGAUACGGCGACUCAUCGCGGUCGAGACACAGUUGGCGCGCGAGAUCGGAUCCUGGCGUAAGCAGUCGGCCGCGCAAAACAGGCCACAGUCAAAGUCUACCAUCUACACGACUCUGUCUAGGCUUCCAUCACUGCCGUGUUUUCCCGCCUUACCGGCGGGAUUGAGGCCCUCGACAACCGCGUACGGGUCGACUCUGCCAGCCACCACUUCCGUGAGCACAGUAACGUCGCCUUCAACCACGUCUCAGUCGACGACUCCGACGGCGUCUGCGACGACGGCGGCAGGGGGCAGCGGCUCAACGACGCCUUCGACCACCACGAAGGAAAGCAAAAAGCCGAAGAAAAAAAAAAAGUCGAAGAAAAAGAAAAGCAAGUCUAAAAAGAGCGGUUCCAAAAAGAAGAAAAAGAAAUCGUCCAAGUCGAGUAAAAAGAAGCGCAAGAAGGUAAAAUCCAAGUCUGGCAAGAGCAAAAAGAAGAAGAAGCGGAAGAAAAAGAAAAAGAAAUGA